AUGAAAUUGACCUUACAACAACGACUUGUCCAGCAGUUGUCAGCCCAUAUCGAAUCUGAUCAACAUUUAGCACUCAUUGAACCUAUUUUGGAAUGUGCAACUACAGAAGAAACUUUAUUGCAAUUAAACCUCGUUAGGAAGCUUGGCAAUUUAUUAAAGAGCUUUACUGCUAAUGCAAGCUGGGAAGAGGAGCAAUUACAAAGCUGUCUAUUAGCUUUAGCACAGUUGCACAGUCAAACGCCUUGUCGUACACCAUUGCAACGCUCUUUUACCAGUGCAUUUCAAAAGGUACCAUCGCUUUUCGAGACUGCAGUGCUUAUUUCUCUGGAAAAUAUUUUACAGGAAGAUAUAGCAAAUGGGAAGACAUUAUUGCUACAUCGUAAGGUAACUGUGGAUGACAUUGGCAGAUAUCUUGAGAAAAUCAUGUCAUUACUAGAAAAUUUCAAGCUAGGUCAAAAAUGUUUAGAAAAAAACUCUCUGCUAGAUUGCUACCUACAUGAUUCUCGAACUUCUGCUGGCAUGGCAAUCUUUUUAGUAUUAAAGCUUAUUUAUAACCAAGACUCGCUAGUGAUGAAGGUAAGAGACAUAUUGUUCCGAAAUCGAUUUAAGAAUACUGAUUUACUAUCGGAAGAGUUGCCCAAGGUUCAAUCCCAAGCCAAGUAUCAUCGCCUAAGAGGAGGCUGCUUUUGUAAUUUCUUUGUAAGGAGUAUCAUGGGUCGAGGCGAUAACUUAAACUGGAAAGAAGUACUCCGUUCAGACGGAAAAAUUAUACAAAAUUUACUAGGGAGAAUCUGGGACAAUUGGGAUCAUCCAGUUGAAGGUGUUCGACAUCAAAUGAAACAACUGUUUUGUAGCAUUCUAGAUAUCCAUACCACAAUGCUUGUUUCAGAUAUAAAAGAGGAUACUUUCUUGCUCCAGCUAACACACUCAGUUCUAGAACAAAACUGGUUUCGACGUGGAAAAUAUGAUAUUUUAUCCUCACUAUUGAAUUAUUUACCUGCUUCAAAGUUACUAUUAUUACAGCCAUCUUUGUUAAGUGACGUUGUGCAAGCUAUGAUUGAUGCCAGCAUUACGUCUCAUAUUUGGCUGGAACCUAUAAUGUCUCUUCUCCAAAGCAAUGAUACAAAUAUUAAAAGAGUGAUUAUCGAUGUAGGUCGAAUAAUUUGA